GCUCUCCUUUUCGAGUCCUUCGCGAGUUCCCGACACUUGAAAAGGAUAAAGAUUGAAGAAAAAAGCUUUGCGCGUUUAGUCCGCCCAAACCUUUGAUUACAACGAGAAUCCUAAUAGCCAUCUGCCAUUCAACUCUAAUCUUACUCUGCUUCUUCUUCUUCUUCUUCGUUCGUCAAAAAUCUCUCGCUUCUCCGAUCCCCCCCACUUAAGAAGAUACGAAGAGAGAAAAUGGGGUUUUUUACGGGGCUUAUACUAGGAAUUGCAGUGGGACUGGCGCUGAUAGUUGGGUUCGUCCGCUGCGAGAACGUUCGGUCCAAGCGUCGGUCCGCACUCGCCACCACCAUCGCCGCUUUUGCCAGGAUGACUGUCGAAGAUUCCAGAAAGAUCCUCGCUCCUGAGUACUACCCUUCCUGGGUCGUCUUCUCUCAGCGCCAGAAGUUGAGUUGGCUAAAUCUUCAUCUUACAAAGAUCUGGCCCUAUGUUAAUGAGGCAGCGUCUGAGCUAAUCAAGGCUUCUGUUGAGCCGGUUCUGGAACAAUAUAGACCGUUUAUAUUGUCUUCGCUCAAAUUUUCCAAGUUCACUCUCGGAACUGUGGCACCACAAUUUACAGGAGUUUCUAUCAUUGAAAACGGAGAAGAUGGUGUUACCAUGGAGUUGGAAAUGAACUGGGAUGGGAAUCCAAGUAUGGUACUUGAUAUCAAGACUAGACUUGGUGUAGGACUUCCAGUGCAGGUAAAAAAUAUCGGAUUCACAGGGGUUUUCAGGUUGAUGUUUAAGCCACUGGUUGAGGAGCUUCCGUGCUUUGGAGCUGUUUGUUGUUCUCUAAGAGAAAAGAAAAAUUUGGAUUUUACACUUAAAGUUGUUGGUGGUGACAUAUCAACAAUUCCUGGGCUUUAUGAUGCUAUAGAGGGUACAAUACGGGAUGCUAUAGAAGAUACUCUUAUGUGGCCUGCUCGAAAAGUUAUACCUAUCUUGCCUGGGGAUUAUAGUGACCUGGAGUUGAGGCCUGUGGGGAUAUUAGAGGUGAAGCUUGUGCAAGCAAAGGAGCUAACAAAUAAAGAUAUCAUUGGCAAGUCGGAUCCCUAUGCUGAAUUAUAUGUACGGCCUUUACGUGACAGGAUAAAAACUAGCAAAAUAAUUAACAAUGAUCUAAACCCAAUCUGGAACGAACACUAUGAAUUUAUUGUUGAAGAUGCAUCCACUCAACAUUUGGUGGUGAAAGUUUACGAUGAUGAGGGGGUUCAAACAUCUGAGCUCAUUGGGUGUGCUCACAUACGACUAAGUGAACUUCAGCCUGGUAAAGUGAAGGAUGUGUGGCUGAAGCUUGUUAAAGAUUUGGAGGUCCAUAGAGACAAUAAAAACAGGGGGCAGGUGCAUUUGGAACUUUUAUACUGUCCUAUUGGGAUGGGAAAUGGAUAUUCCAACCCUUUUGCCCCAGAUCUUUCAAUGACCUCAUUAGAGAGGUUUCUCAAAAGUGGGGUGAAUGGAACAGAAGCUAUUGAAAAUGAGAGAGGAGUCAUACAGAAGAAAAAGGAGGUUAUUGUUAGAGGCGUUCUUUCUGUUACUGUGAUAUCUGCUGAAGAGUUGCCAGCGGUGGAUCUAUUGGGGAAGGCGGAUCCCUAUGUUGUAAUCACUUUGAAGAAAUCAGAAAUGAGAAACAAAACUCGGGUUGUGAAUGAGAGCUUGAAUCCAGUUUGGAAUCAAACUUUUGACUUUGUUGUUGAGGAUGGAUUACACGAUAUGUUAAUUCUCGAAGUCUGGGACCACGACACAUUUGGAAAGGAUUAUAUGGGGAGAUGCAUCUUGACACUAACUAGGGCUAUAUUGGAAGGGGAAUUCAAAGAGUGCUUCCAGUUAGAUGAAGCCAAAUCAGGAAAACUGAACUUGCAUCUCAAGUGGAUGCCACAGCCAGUUUACCGUGAUUCUUGAGUGCUUCUUUUCAGCAGCUGAUGGCAAGACAAUUAAAUCAAAGAGAAUGUACCACCUGCUCCAUGUAUACCAAGAACACUGCUAACAUCGACACUGACACUGACAUCGACACCGAUACGAACUAAACUAUUAAUAAACCUUGCACCAUAUAUGUAAUAGUUGAAUGUACAAAAUCUCGUAGCAUAAGCUAUAUGUAAACUACUUAUCAAAAAGGCUCGUUGUACACUAGUGAGGUUUUGAAGAAAACACAAGUAGACUCAUGGAAAUAAAAUGACUAGAGCACUAGCAUUGGUUUCUCUAUUA